AUGUUUUCCAAAUUCUGGACUGCUUUGGCACUUGUUGCAAUCAAUAUCCACCUGGUCGCCGCCAAGUCUGUUGUUGCGCAUUUCAUGCUCGACAACUCCUAUGCCUACACCGUGGGACAGUGGGAGACUGACAUGAAGGCUGCUCAGCAGGCCGGCAUCGAUGGCUUCUCUCUCAACUGGGUCCCUCCGGACUGCACCUCACCCAGCCGCAAGUGGCAGAUCAGCCGUAUCGAUGAUGCUUUCGAAGCUGCUGAGAACACCGGUUUCAAACUCAUGUUCUCUUUCGACAUGAGCUACACGACUUGCAACACUUUCUGGAACACGACUUUCAUGACUGACAUGAUCACUAAGCAUGCUGGCAGCUCUGCCGCUAUGCGCUGGAACACCAACAUUCUUGUCUCGACCUAUGCUGGCGACAACAACGAUGCGUAUGGAAACCAAUUCUUCCAGAACCUCAAGAACUCUUGCAAGGCCGCAGGCAACCCGAUCUCCCUGGCUCCUGCUCUUGUCUCGUACGCACAAGCUGCUCAGACCAAUGCUCAGCAGUCUGCCGCCAAGAUGGUCAGCGACUACCCUUCUAUCGAUGGCUACUUCAACUGGCAAGCAUGGCCUCUGAUGGACGCCAACAUGACUUGCACCGCCGACGAAGCGUUCAAGGCUGCACUCACCCAGAACGGAAAGACUGGACCUUACAUCAUGGCCGUCUCUCCCUGGCAAUACAAGGAUCUCAACAACGGUAUCGCUUCCGACUCUUGGGUCGCCUACUCAGACACCCUCUUCGCCCAGCGUCUGCACACUAUUGCCAACAACCAGUUCUCUCCCGAUAUCAUUGAAGUGCUGACUUGGAACGACUUCUGCGAAUCACACUACCUACGCGAUCUUCCUAGCAUGACUAACACUAGCGCCACAGACUAUGUUACCUACAGCAACGGCAUGCAGAACUAUGUCGAGGGUAUGAACCACGCUCCCUGGCGUGUCAUGGCCAAGUACUACCUCAACUGGUGGAAGAACGGCCAGGCCCCUGUCAUCACCAUGGACCAAGUCGUCUACUGGUACCGCGUGCACCCCAAGGCCGCUGCAUGCUACGGCGGCUCCUCCAGCAAGAUCAAGAACCAGAACUAUCCCAUUGAUGCAGUGUUCGCAUGGGCUCUGGUCAAGGACACUGCCACCAUCUCCAUCAGUGUGGGCGCCAAUGAGUACUGGGAGUUCGAGGCCAACUCUUCUGGUCCUGCUCUUUCCAUGGUACCUUUCCCUGAGGAUCUUGGUUCCAGUGGAACUACCCCUCAGGUCAGCAUCAACAGGAACAACAAGGUUGUUCAGUACUCACAGGGUAGCAUGCCCAUCACAGCUUCUUGCGUAAGUGAUCUGUCUUUGUUCUGUCAAUACUUUUACUGA